AUGAAAAAGAAACUAUUACGAAGUAACGAAGAUUCCGCUUCUCGAACUCAAGAAUCAAUACAAAAAGGACCUCACUCUUCUGAUAAUCCUACAGCUGAGGCACAAAGUACUGUUUCUUCCGAAAUAGUAGAAGCUAGUACAACAGUGCCAGACACGAACCUUUCGAAUUCUAUAUCUGAUAAACGAAUUACUGAAAAUAUGCUAGACUGGGAUGGCCUGGCUCUGAGUUCUGCACUAC